CAAUACGAAGCGAUCCACUACCACUGCGCGCACGUCUCGCGCCGCCUGAUCAAGCACUGCCACUUUGCGCGCAACGACCCCAACCACCAGUGCUUUGGCGCGUGGAGCAUCAAGCGCGAGUGGCGCCAGCCGUACGAGAACUGCCCGGCGUGC